GUUUGUGAGAUGUUAGUGCGUGUUUUAGCACGGGUGGGACAGACGUGGGACGGAGCCGCGGACGUCCCUGAGAACAGCAACAAAGUAGAAUCAUGUAAUAUUAAUGGAGCCGGAGUUGUGCGGGUGCCUUGGGUAAACGAAGUCGAUUGACGCGCGCGUUAAACCAGCCGCAUGUGAUUUCCAGCUUCAGUCAUUUUGGCAGCACGAUGCGAGAGAGGGAGACGGACACGGAGCUGUGAAACCGGACCCUCUGCCAGAGAUGUCGACGGACAGGAAUCCCUGAAACCGCCGCUGCCCAGGAAAUAUGGACAGAUCUUGUUUUGUGUGCGAGUGCGGGCUGUUUUUCUGUCGGUUUUUGCACAUUGCUACAGUGUUAGUGGACCAGGAUGCCGUGUGGGCGAUGCUGCCACAAGGGAUACAUUGUGAUUUCGCAGAGAUGUUUUAGCAACCGUUGCAUAAAUUAAAAAAAAAAAAAAAAGAAGACAAGCCGUCACAUGAGGGAUUGGAGUCCAAAGGGAUCUAAUAAGACAUCACCACCUGUUACUAGAAAAUCAGCACAGCCACCGAUUAGGGACCGCCAGGAGUGAAACCCUCCCUGCACGCUACCCUCAUUCUGCUCUUCGGCACCAGCUCCACUGGGAAUAAUCCUGCAACACCUACAGCGAUCCAGAGAGGUGACAGCAUUGCUCUUUCUCCAACCACCAAAGUCUGACAGCCAUGAUUUGGGGAGGCCCUCUGCUACGGCUCAGAUCAGGGAUCAACUCACUGCUCGAUGGCUAGAUCUCACCAUUCAAAGAGCUGGGGGCCUUUCUGCUGAGUAUCCCUCACUGCAUAGUAGCACAUGGAUUUCAAGACUUCAAAUGAAGAGACAAAGACUGGGAUUUAUUUGAUGCAAGAAGGUAAUGAGGAGCCGUUUAAUAUUCGACUACACUUGGCCAAAGAUAUUCUGACCAUUCAAGAACAAGAUGUCAUCUGUGUGACAGGAGAGCCUUUUUAUUCAAGUGAGAGGACUGUAACGAUCAGGAGGCAGACGAUUGGAGGGUUUGGCCUGAGCAUCAAGGGUGGCGCAGAGCAUAAAAUCCCUGUUGUGAUAUCAAAAAUAUCAAAAGAGCAAAAAGCCGAACUCUCUGGGCUGCUUUUCAUUGGAGACGGCAUCCUUCAGAUAAAUGGAAUAAACGUUAGAAGCUAUCGCCACGAGGAAGUGGUCCAGGUUUUGAGAAACGCUGGUGAAGAAGUGACUCUUACGGUCUCUUUCUUAAAGAAGACUCCUGCCUUUUUGAAACUGCCCCUUUGUGAGGACUGCACAUGCAUUCCCAGCGACCAGAGUAGUGGGACGUCCUCCCCUCUGUGUGAUAGCGGCCUGCACUUGAACUACCACCCUAACAACACGGACACGUUGUCCUGUUCGUCCUGGCCCACGUCCCCGGGGCUUCGCUGGGAGAAGAGAUGGGUGGACCUGCGCCUUAUUCCGCUGCUACACUCACGCCUGUCGCAGUACAUCCCUGGCUCUGACGUCUGCAGGAAAAAUGCUUUCCAGGUUAUAGCUGUGGACGGCGUUUGCAGCGGAGUUAUACAGUUUACUGCAGCCGAAGACUGUCUGGACUGGCUUCAGGCAAUAGCGAGCAACAUUUCCAGUCUCACCAAGCACAAUGUGAAGAAGAUUAACCGGAAUUUUCCAGUAAACCAGCAGAUUAUUUACAUGGGCUGGGUCGACGAGAAGGAGCAGGACUCUGUUCAGGACCGAAUGUAUUCACCAAAGUUCCUCGCUUUGAGGGGUUCCUCACUCUUCAAGUUUUCAGCCCCCCCUGUGACAACAUGGGACUGGACCAGAGCAGAGAAAAGCUUUACUGUGUAUGAGAUAAUGUGCAAGAUUUUAAAGGAUAAUGACCUUCUGGACAAGAGGAAGCACUGCUUCAGCGUCCAGACAGAGAGCGGGGAGGACAUGUUCUUCAGCGUCGAGUUGGAGUGCGAGCUGCUGAUCUGGGAAAAGGCUUUUCAGAUGGCCACCUUCCUGGAGGUGGAGAGGAUACAGAGUAAAACAUAUGCCUGUAUCAUGGAGAGCCACCUUAUGGGACUUACUAUUGACUUCAGCAUGGGCUUUGUGUGCUUUGAUGCAGCUUCAAAGGCGGUACUGUGGAGAUACAAGUUCUCCCAACUAAAAGGAUCAUCCGAUGAUGGAAAAAGCAAGAUCAAGUUUUUAUUCCAAAAUCAAGACUCCAAAUCUAUUGAAGCAAAGGAGCUGGAGUUCUCAAACCUCUUCGCCGUGCUUCAUUGCAUUCACGCUUUUUUUGCUGCCAAAGUUGCUUGCCUGGACCCGAUGUUUGUGGAGAGCCAUGGCACCGCGACUAGCACAGGGAUUCCUUCUCUUUCCAGUAUCUCAUGUAAUUCACAGACACCCAAACUCAAAUACGCCACUUGACAGGUACUGCCCUCUCCAGACCCCUUUUAAAAAGACACCGCACUUAGUUGUGACCGUGGCCUAAACUGGUGGACGGGAGAAGUGGAAAAAUUUCAGACUUUGACAUUAUGGAGGACAGCUGUAUACAGUGGUGGAACAGAAAAGCUCUUAGGGAUCACCUCUGAAGAAGCAUCAGAUUUCUGGGAUUUCUGGAAUCGUUGUGGACCUAAACACAAACCUCUACUUUGAACAACUUCACAGGAACACUCUAUGAACACGAAAUAUGCGAUUCAAAAACAUUUUUAUGUGAAUUUGUCCUUCUCUUGAUCCUCAGACAUCCUUAUAAUCAACAUGACACAAAGAAAAAUUGAGUUCUUUUCCCAGGGUAGUCUGCUUUUCUAUGUAAUUUUACUGAAGAUUUGGGGUUUAAGAUAAACUAAUUUUAGCCCUUUUUUCCACAUCAGACAACACAUCACUUGAAGUUCUGCAAGGAUAUUUAUGGACAAUGGAUAUGAUGAUGGCGCUUUCUAUAUUUCCACUUUUGUGUUUGUUCUUGAGGUGAAAACUUUUGCCUACAUUCAUACUUCAAUUAGCAGUUAAAUUUAUUUUCUACUGAUGUGUGAUGAGUCCAGCUAAAAUCCUGCAACACAAAAACAUUUUUAUUUUGAUUGAAUUUAAUUACAUAUUUGCUGGCAGCAUUAGUGGAGUAAAUGAAUGGUUUCAGAUGGGCAUGUGUACGAAUAUACUCAGUAACCUCAUUUCUUUUUCUCUGUAUAUGAUGUACACCCGUGUUUGAGGUCAGGUUAUAACUGUUUCCUGGAUUACUGGAUAGGAAGGCUGUGUGGAAGUGUAGCUUCGAGUGUAUGGAUAAGGAAUGACACUUUAAUAAUCAGGUUCACCAUCCACACAACCAUAAUCUGACAAAACCUCUCUAAACAUGAUUAAAAACCCCCUUCCAUAUUGUUUUUUCUCUCUCCCUAAAACUUAAUUAUGUAAAUAAACACUGACAUUCAAAUGAACUCAAAGAAUUAUGAAUUAUGGCAAGCAAUUACUUGUAGGGAUUACUGCAUUUGUUAAUUUGAUGUGCACCAGAGACGACUAGGUAGAUAGCGCAUAACCUUGUACUCUCUUCAUCAUUUACUCUAUGGACCAAUUUAGGAGAAUAAAAUCAGCAAUGGUGUAUUUUUGGAAUAUUAUCUUUUUUUUUUACUUCAGCUUGUAAAUAAAGUAAAAGAAAUCUUUACAUUGACAAAUGAGAAAAACACACCGCUAGAAAAAUAGAAAAAAAAAAUGUAGCAUCAUGGCCUCCAAAGGAGAUGCCCCUUUAAACUUCACUAAAUUGUUUAUAAAUACAACAGAGUGACGGCUAAACUAUCAUAUUCAGAAAGAGUUCAGGUCAAUUAGUGCAAUUAGUCAUGCUCUUACCUUCCAUUUACAAAGUAGAAUCCAAACACAAGAGGCCCAUGGCUCAGUAAACUCUAGAGGAUAGCAAAUUAAAUGGGGUCAGUAAAGUGCUUCGUACAGUGUGGGCUUGUUAAGCUGAUGUGAGUGACUGAGGGAAACUAAUGGUUGUGCAGUCUAUGCAAAGAAAGUCUGAGUGAUGCUUUUGUGCUUUAAAAUUAUCCCGGUCGCAUAUACCCUUAUAACACAGGAUCUAGAGAGUGAGGUUAUUUUAUUUUUUGCAGAUGUUUUAUUAACAAAUAUGCUGUGUGAUAAAUUAAUAAAUGAGACCUUUUAUAACAUGG